GUGUGUAAAACGCCACAGUCUGGCCAGCGCUCAGAAGCUGUGCUGCACCAAAACAGGCUCCCUGCAUUGGAUUUAAGGUGUUUUUUCCAGGUAUGAUGGAUGCUAGAGGACUUUGGAUGGUGCUCUGCCUUCUCUUGUUGGCACACGGCUCACCCCAGCAGAACUCGAAGAAAAGAAAUGGCAAAAAAGAAUCUGCCAUCAACUCUACAAUUGAGAAUCUGCAGAGGCAAAUUGAUGACAUUACUCGGGAUCUGACCGUGCUGAAAGAGCAGCAAGCUUUACAAACAGUUUGUCUAAAGGGCACAAAGAGCCACAGAAAGUGUUUUCUGGCCAAUCUGGUGAAACAAUCCUUCCAUGCCGCCAGUGAAGACUGCAUCGCCAAAGGAGGCAGCCUAAGCACUCCUCUAACAGGAGACGAAAACGACCAUCUCUACAGCUACGUACGUCAGAGCAUCGGCCCCGAUGAGCACAUCUGGCUGGGCAUUAAUGACAUGGUUACCGAUGGCCACUGGGUUGACCAAUCAGGCUCUAAUGUGCGCUUCAAAAACUGGGAGACUGAAAUCACCCAGCAGCCAGAUGGGGGAUCCAGCCAGAACUGCGCCGUCCUCUCCAUCACGGCCAACGGGAAGUGGUUCGAUGAGAACUGCAGGGCUGAGAAGGCGUCUGUGUGCGAGUUCAACAUCGUCUGAGAGACCAUCUGUUGCUCCGUUUUUCAGUCUCUGACAUUGCUUUGUAAGCAUGAAGUGCAACAUUAUGAAAUGCGCUGAAAAAUAAUGCGCUGCAUCUUUAAUCAGCCUGCAUUUUCUCGGCCAAGCCUUCCAGAUGUCAGUCCAGAGCAGAGAUUUCACUUGGUGCUCUUUGUAUAAGCUACACCCACUUGUACAUACACUCCAUAAACAAUGCUUUAAAUAUUCAUUGAGGUAAACACUGGAGGGUUUGUCUUUAUUUUUCUCUUACUAGCCGCCAGUUAAUGCAACAAAAUCUUUUCUUACUGAGUUACUAAGUUCUUUUUACAAAGUGCCUUUUCUGUGCCACCUUCUUUAUUUAAAAUGUUAAGUUAUGCUUCUCAUGUUUUAUUACAGGAUAUUAAUGAACAUGUUUACCAUUUUAUUCUUCUCUCUGAUGUAAAACAAACAAACAAACAAACAACAGCAGAUAUAAUGUGAAUGUACUACUCCUCAUACAGAAAAAAGCUUUUGUAACAAAUCUAUUACAACCAAAGGUAAUAAAUAAAACCUGGGUUAUGAUUGUUGUCAUUUUCACGGUCACAUCAUAAGAUCAUACAUUCAUUUCCUCCAUGAAUAAACUAAACAAACAAAACAAAAACAAAGCA